ACUUAUACAGACAAUAGGGCCCAUUAUGACGUGUCCCACUUAGUGUUCGCUGUUCUCUGCUGUAAUAAUCUAAGGAUUUGUGUGCACGGUUACACAGAUCAGAAAAUAGUGUGUUUUAUAUAUAUCAAAUAAUCUUAAUAUUUCUGAAACUAUGGACGCCCCCGAAGAGAAAACUUGUCUUUCUGCUGCGCAAAGAAGAGCAGAAAUUCGGAGGCGAAAAUUGCUCAUGAAUUCCGAAGACCGAAUGAACAGAAUCGUGGGUUUCACCAAAGCUGAAGCUGAAAAGAACGGAGCGUCAAGUCUUGUCACAGAGCCUAGGUUCCAUCUGGACUUGGACAGGAACAAGCCGUGGUCAGCAUCCUCAUCCCCAAGACUGUCUCCAUUCCUCCCAGAGGCAGUAGGCAGCAGCCACCCCCACAGCGAUCUUCCAGAGAGGAAAGGGUCUCCCCUGCCAGACAGCAGUGAGGUGCUGGGUGGGGGGGGUGUAGACAAGGAUGUGACUCCAGGGGUCCGACACAGGCCACGGGGAGAGGCCCAGCUGGCAGCUGAUGAGCCCAGCCAUUCCGAAUCCCCACGCAGAGGGUUGCAGAAGUAUCUGUCCCGCUUUGAUGACGCCAUGAAGCUCAGAGGCCAACUGGCCAAUGAGAAUCAAGCCCAGGAUGCAGCUGGCUCAGACCCAGAAGAGUUGGACUCCUUCAGGCUCUUCAGGCUUGUCGGCAGUGUCCUCCUCGCCAUCUUUGUCAGAGGUUUUGUCUGCAAGUAUCUGUCCAUAUUCGCACCAUUUCUCACCCUCGAACUGGCCUACAUGGGGUUGUACAAGUAUUUUCCAAAGGUUGAGAAGAAGAUGCAGACCACAGUGCUGACCGCCGCCCUCCUGCUGUCUGGUAUCCCCGCUGAGGUCAUCAACCGCUUCAUGGACACCUACAGGAAGAUGGCUGACGUCUUCGCCGACCUCUGUGUCUACUUCUUCACCUUCGUCCUCAGUCACGAGAUCCUGCUGUUGGUUAGUUCAGAAGAGACUGAUACUCCCUGAUGGACUGGAGGUCGCCGUGCUAUGGCGCUGGCAAUGUCACCCCCUCUGGGUGACAAGAGGGCAUGACCCCUGAUAGUGAUCCUUCACCCUACCUCCCAACCAUGUCCCAUCCUGAGUCAGUACACCCCAUAGGGGAGGGUGUUCGGAGGUGCAGGGUCCGCAGGUGGAUAAGAGAGGAAGACAGAACUAACUGGUUGAACAAGGUAACAUAACAUGCAUUGGUGUUCUGGCCCUCUACUAUCCAGUAAAACAACACAUUUCACUGCACCUAUCUGUUGUAUAUUAAACAUCUUACAUAUGAAUCUUGUCCAUAGGAGCUGCUUUAAGUUACUGUUUAAGUAGCUCCCUACAGUGUUUACAUAAGGGGUUCAGUUACUUUGCGAUUUUGUUUGUUUCAAGUGAAUUAAUCUAUCUCGUAUGGAAGACAGGAGAAGCACUUGUCUUUUUUUUUUGAAUGUUUUUUUUGCACCCUUUUAUGCUUAAAGACAUUGUUGACUUUAUCUGUACAUGUGCAAGCUCUUAUUAAAAGAGUUCAAUUGUGUCAUCUGAACUAGGAGAAUAAUUGCUUAGGAUUGUCUUUUUGGAACGUGUGUUUUGUCACUGCUAUUCAGUGUUGGGCGGUGGGGUCUUAUUAGCUUGUAUAUUAUCUGUGCUGAAUAACUCUGAUUUGUGGAAAUGUCAUGUAUUGCUCUCCUAGUUAUCCCAGCCUCACUAAUACUGUCUUUCUGUGGCAUGCUACAUCAUCUGUUAAUUAAACAAAACAAAUGUAUUUAACAAGGCAAGUCAGUUGAGAUCAAAUUCUUAUUUUCAAUGACAGUCUAGGAACAGUGGGUUUAACUGCCUUGUCAACUCGGGGAUUCGAUCUAGCAACCUUUCGGUUACUAGUCCAACACUGUAACCACUAGGCUACCUGCCUCCCCAAAUCCUACAUGGCAUCCAAAUUAAGUUAUUCAGUUGGUGUGAGGCUUUUUUUAUUUUCUUUGUAACUUCAUUGGUGUGAUCUUGUUUGUCAGAUCGACUUGAUUCAUUUUCAUAAUUUUGAAAAUUAUAAUUUUGUUAAGGGUAAAUGCUUUAUUCAUGCUUUAUUUAUUGUAUGUGAAAUAUUGAAAUCAAUAUCAAACACAAAGAUAAAGAGAUGGGAAUGUUGCAUCUUAUAGUGGUAUUUAAGUUCUGCUAACAACAUGCUGUAAUGAAUAUGCUGUGUUAAACAAAUAAAACCUUGGAACAUUUCA